AUGACCACGCUGGUGGCCAUGAUCACACAGUUGACCAUUCCCCCGGUGGCCAUGACUGUAGCCGUCCCCAUGACCAUCCCAACCCUGUCCCCAGGGUCCCUUGUCCCCAUUGUCUCCGUUCCCAGGGUCCCCAUCUCGAGGGUCCCUUGUCCCCAGGUGUCCCAAGUGUCCCCAUCCCCAGGGACCCUGUCCCCAGGGUCUCCAGUGUCCCCAGCAUCCCUGACCCCAGCGUCCUCAGUAUCCCUGAUGUCCCCAGUGUCCCCACACCACUGCCUGUCCCUGAUGCCACCGCCUGCCAUUGAUGCCACCGCCUCUCCCUAA